UGAGUUAACUUGGCCCAAUGCCCAAGACAUUCAUCUCCCGAUUCAAAUUCAAUAUUCAAAACUGAAAAGCCAGGCCCAGUCGCGCAGGUGUUAAACUUUCAUCUUUAUACAAUUAAUACAACUUUUUUCUGUAUUUCAAUAGAAAUUCGACAACUGGCCGAUGACCUUGCUAAAAUGUAUUAAGAAAGAUUCAACUAAAAGACCACUCAGAAUCUCUUUCCCAAUUAGUGAGUUCUUUUGUUUUUUACUUGAUUACCGAGUUUGUUCUUGCUCGAUCUUCGCAUGUUUCCUGGAAUUUUGCCUGUUAAUUGCUUUAUUUGCCACGAAGAUACAAGCUCUUCAGAUACUCUGGUCAAAGUCACCACUGGCUCCCCUCCCGUCGCUGCGGUCGGUCUUCCUUCUCCUCGCCGCCGUCGCCACUGCUUCCUCCACCCUCGCCGGCGUCAGACCUUCUUUCUCCUUGCCAACGUCCUUUUCUUCCUUCCCGUCGCCGGCAUCCUGCUGAACUCCUUUGUUACAAUUACAGGGUAAUAGGUUAAGAAGCAAGUUGAUAUGGAUCCAGCAGGAAUGAACAUGAACAUGAAUAUGAAUAUGAGAGUACGUUCAUCUGGUUCAACACCAUCAGAGGAAUCAGCUUUGGAUUUGGAGAAAACUUGUUACAGCCACUCCCACACGAAUCCCCCUUCAUUUCCAAACCCACACCAACAACAACCAAGUCUUCAACCCUACGCAUCAGGUGGACAGCACUCAGAGAGCAACGCUGCUUACUUUUCGUGGCCUACCUCUAGCCGACUAAGUGAUGCUGCUGAAGAGAGAACAAACUAUUUUGUAAACUUACAAAAGGGAGUUUUGCCUGAAUCUAUUGGCAGGUUGCCGAAAGGACACCAAGCAACCACUUUGCUUGAGUUAAUGACUAUUCGUGCAUCUCACAGUAAGAUCUUGCGUUGUUAUAGUCUUGGAACUGCAAUUGGGUUUAGGAUUCGUAGGGGUGUCUUGACUGACAUCCCUGCAAUCUUAGUCUUUGUUUCCCGAAAAGUUCAUAAGCAAUGGCUAAGCCCCAUUCAGUGUCUACCCACUAUUCUUGAGGGACCAGGGAGUGUGUGGUGUGAUGUGGAUGUUGUGGAGUUUUCUUACUUUGGUGCACCUGAACCAACAACCAAGGAACAAUUGUACACUGAUAUUGUGGAUGAUCUUCGUGGAAGUGGCUCAUGUAUUGGUUCUGGUUCUCAGGUAGCAAGUCAAGAAACAUAUGGCACAUUGGGAGCUAUUGUGAGAAGCCAAACAGGGAGCAGACAAGUUGGUUUUCUCACAAACCGCCACGUGGCAGUUAAUCUAGAUUACCCAAAUCAGAAAAUGUUUCAUCCUUUACCACCUACACUUGGACCUGGGAUAUAUCUUGGUGCAGUCGAAAGAGCUACUUCAUUUAUCACAGAUGAUCUUUGGUAUGGUAUCUUUGCUGGAAUUAACCCAGAGACCUUCGUGAGAGCUGAUGGGGCGUUCAUCCCUUUCAGCGAUGAUUUUGACAUGUCGACUGUAACAACAUGUGUAAAAGACGUUGGGGAGAUUGGAGAUGUGAAAAUCGUUGAUUUGCAAUCUCCUAUCAAUAGUCUUAUUGGUAAAAAAGUGAUGAAAGUUGGGAGGAGUUCAGGGUUGACUAAAGGAACAAUCUUGGCUUAUGCCCUUGAAUAUAACGACGAAAAGGGUAUUUGUUUCUUUACUGAUUUUCUUGUUGUUGGAGAAAACCAGCAAACGUUUGACCUUGAAGGCGAUAGUGGAAGUCUGAUUGUCUUAAAAGCUGAGGAGAAUGACAAUGAGAACGAAGAGAAACCAAAAGCAAGGCCUAUUGGGAUCAUAUGGGGUGGGACAGCGAAUAGGGGUAGAUUGAAACUUAAAGUCGGUCAGCCACCGGAAAAUUGGACAAGCGGCGUUGACCUUGGCCGCCUACUUAAUCUCCUUGAACUUGAUCUAAUAACAACCGGAGAAGCCCUAAAAGCGGCGGUGCAAGAGCAAAGGGCGGCUUCAGCAACGGUGAUGGGGUCAAGCGGUGGGGAAUCUUCACCGCCGGAAAUAGUGCUUCCUAAAGAUAAAGCGGAGCCAUUAGGGCUUCAUAUCCAACAGCAUAUUCCUUUGGAAGAGGGUGGUGGUGGUGGUCCGGAUAUGAAUUUGUCUCCGGCGGAAAAUGCAAGCAAUUUGGAGGUGGGGCCAAGUAUUGAGGAGCAUCAGUUUAUUCCGAGUUUCAAUGGGCAGUCGCCGCUGCAUAGAAAUGAGAGGCGGUGUAGGGCUGAGUCUGAGAAUCUGAGUGCGUUGAAAAGCGGGACGGAUGAGGAGGAUUUAGGGUUUUCGCUUCAUUUGGGGGAUAAUGACCCAAAGAGAAGGCGCUCUGACCCUUUGGAUGAAGCUAAGUAAACCAGUGUUUAAAUGGUAAAUAAACCAAGUGUCUGGUUAUGGUUAUGGUUAUGGUGGGUCAAAGUUGACUUUUAUUUUGUGGUAAUCUGGUAUGCUAACUAAUCCUAAUUUGAGCUUCUAAUUAUGUUAAUGUUAUAAAAUGGUUUAUACAAAGGGUUUACAUAA